AUGUCGCUCAUCCAUCAUAUCCAAUUGUUCGUCGGAAAUGCCAUUCAGGUAAAAGGGUUUGUCGCAACUUUUUCAUCGUUACAAGAAUUUUUGAAAAAUAAAAAAUUUUCUGAUUUUUUUAUAAUUUGGAAAUUUAAAAAUGUUUUUUUUGUUCAAAAAUGAACUUUGGAUUGUUGUGUUUAGUCAAAAUCAUUGCGUCCUUUAAAGGUCCAAGCAGUUCUAGGUGGAUAAAGUUGGUUUAUAAAGGGUAGAAGAAGCUAAAAAAUUGUUUUAGCGACAUAUAGAUAAUAAACCUCUCUUUGUACAAUAAAUUAAAUUUUUCAAAUAAUUCUGUACCCUCUGUCAAAGCGAAUUUUUGGGAAAAAAUUAUUACUAAAAAGAUUUAUUACUCACAAUGUCAGUCAUGAAAAAAGGUAGCAAGUCAAAAAUUGGUACCCGUAAUCUACAGCUAAUGUAUAUUUUUUACAAGAAAUUUUGGGGUUUUAAAGUGCAUAUAAAGGUCGUUAUGAAAUUUAAAAAAUACUUAUUUUUUCCAAAAUUUUACAUUUGCAUUUGGCGAGCAGUCGGCGGACGCUUUAACUUACCGGCGGAGGCCAUAAUUCGCUUCAAACUUUAUGUAGAAACUUGAAAUCAAAACCAAUCUUCCUAAAAUUUUAUGUGUUAUCCUCCGAUGUUAAUUUUCCAUUUUUAAAUACGACUUUUUUGGGAAUAAUUUUUUAAAAAAGUUCAAGUUUUGUUUCUACUUCUAGAGCCCUUGUUGACUAAUAUUAUUUUUUACUAUUCAGGCCUCGUUUUGGUACUGUACAGUGUUUGGAUUCAAAAGAAUAGCUCAAAGACGAACCGCGACAACAUUGUCAAUCGUUAUCAAGAAUGGAAAUGUAAGCAUAUAUACUAUAGUAACUUUUAUGUUUUUUCUAUAUUAUAAGUAAAAACAUAAUUUUGUAAACUAUGUUAUGUUAUAGUAAUUUUUUAUACCAUUCCAGGCUCUAAUAGUCUUAACCUCUCCCAAUAGUCCUUCCGAGUCGCUAGCCACCAAUCUUCUCGCAAGUCAUGGUGAUUUCGUUCGAAAAGUUGGGUUACAAGUGGACGAUGUUCAAAAGUUUCUAGAAAUCGCAAAAGAUUCUAUCGUAAUAACAAAAGAGCUGGACACUGUAACAGACGAUUACGGUAGCGUGAAGACAAUUGGAAUUCAAGGAUCUGUCGCCAAUAUUGAGUACGAACUCUUUCAGAAUGUGGAUUAUCAUGGUAGCUUCUUGCCUGGCUACGAUGUGGUUGCUGACAUUGGGUUCUGUUCUACUCUGUAUGUGGGUUACUGUAACUUUUUUUGAAUUUUUGCUUUUUUUGAGUAGUAUGUUGUAUAUAUUAUGCUAUUUAUGCAACUUAGCAUAUAUAAUACUAUGUUUAAUUUUUAGUACCAAAAGUAGUCCUAAUGGUACUGUUUAGUAGUAGUACCGCACUAAAAUGAUUCAUAGUAGUACUGUAGUUUAAUAUUAAGUUAUAAUUUGUAAAAUACGGAAAAAGCCCGUAGACGUCCUACUGUAACAUUUCAGCCCACCUAUCCCAAUAUCGCAUAUCGACCAUUUCGUAGAAGCCCACCCUUCAGGUACGGUAGAUACCGUAGUCGACUGGUACAAUAAAGUGCUCCAAUUCGAGAGGUUUUGGUCGAUUGACGACAAACAAGUCCAUACGGAGUAUAGCGCCCUGAAGGCAGCUUUAGUAGCGAAUCCAGAAAGAAACGUCCAGGUUACGGUAGUCGAGCCAGUCCAGACUGAAAAGAAAGGUCGCGGCCAAGUUCAGGUGAGAGAUUUUUUGGAUUUGUCGCUAAUGUUAAAAGUGAUAAAAAUAUGAAAAUUGGUUGCUUUGGCUUCAGGUCUUCAGCAUCUUUAUGGUCGCGGCAAGCUCUAAAAUACGAUUUUUUUAAACUUUUUUUUGGGUUGCGACUAUUUUCUAAAAAAUUUUUUUUUAUUUUUUGAGUUGAUUUCAUUUACCGUAUCUUACCGUAUUUCAGGAGUUCCUCGACUUCAACUCAGGCCCAGGCAUCCAACAUGUCGCGUUCGCCGUCGAUGACAUCAUCUCUACAGUAUCCGAGAUGCGACGACGAUCGGUCGAAUUCUUGUCGAUUCCCUCAGAAUACUACGACAAUAUCGAGAAGCGACUAGCGACAACCGGUCUGAAAAUAGAGGAAGAUAUGGUUAAAAUACGAGAAAAUCAACUUUUGGUCGAUUUCGACGACAAGGGAUACUUGAUACAGUGCUUUACCAAGCCAGUCCAGCCACUACCGACCUUCUUUGUCGAGAUUAUCAGGCGAAACAAUUUUGAUGUGGGUUACUGUGGAUUACUGUAGUUUUUGAAUAUUUUGUUACAGUAAUCUUUUUACACUGAAAAUUUAGAGGUUACUGUAAUUUUGUAGCUUAAAAAUAUAAUUUUCACUUUUACUUAAACGUAGUACCAAAAGUAGUGCAAAUGGUACAGUUUUUUGAAAUUUUGUAUUUCAGGGAUUCGGAGCCGGCAACUUCAAAGCCUUAUUUGAAGCCGUCGAGAUCGAACAACGCAAGCGAGGCACCUUGAUUCAGGAGUAG